AUGGCGACAAACCAUAAGGCACAAACCGUUGUACAAAAAUUUAAUAGUUUAAGAGGAGAACAUUCUUUUCCGGGUGUUUUUGGUGCCAUUGACGGAUGUCAUAUUUCGAUUCUUGCUCCAUGGGAGAAGAGAACAAAAAUGCCGAAGUUAAAUAGAACUAUGUUCUAUAAUCGGAAACAAGUUCCUACCGUCUUGCUACAAGGCAUUGUUGACAGUGAUUUAAAAUUCAUUGAUUGUUUUGCUGGUUGGCCAGGUUCAUCACACGAUGCAAGAGUGUUUAGACGUAGUAUAAUUGGUGAAAAACUAUUAAGCCAACCUUGUGUAAUAUUACCACCAGGGUGUCAUAUUUUGGGUGAUGGCGCAUAUCCACUAACCAGUACUUUGAUGGUUCCAUUUAAGGAUAAUGGACAUCUAAGUGAUAGCCAAUUAAAAUUUAACAAGUGUCUCAGUAGUUCCAGAGUAGUGAUUGAACAAGCAUUUAGAAAAUUAAUCGGAAGAUUUCGAAAACUGAAGCACAUGGAUAUAUAUCAUAAAGAAAAUUGUAGUAAAGUUAUCACUGCAGCAUGUUGUUUACACAAUUUAUGCAUUGAUAACUCCGAUGAUUUCAAUUCAACCGAGAUCUACACGUCUGAGAUGGAGGAUGGUAACCACCAUGAAGAUGAUAGUUUAAGUGGAAAUGUCAAGAGACAAGAAUUAUGUCAACAGCUGUCUUUGAUUUUAUAAUAUUAAAACAUGUAACAUUUUAUUUAUGAAUAAAAUAUGUAUUAUACAUAAUUAAACUUUAACUGUAAUUUAAUACUAUUUUUAUAAAAUAAAUCUUUCAAGUUUAACA